GAUCGUUCAGGGAGGAGCCAGCGCGCGCAGCAGGAAACACUUCACUGAUAAUCCCUCUGUCCAUACACACACCUCGAAGGCGAGGUAAACACCAACCGAGCCUGCUUCACAUUACCAUCUGGCGUGGUUUUCUUCUUCAGCCCGGGAUCAUUUAGCAGACCUGUGUGAGUCGUGGACAGAACCGGGGCGUCGGGCCGCGGUGAAUCAGGUGGCUGAGAGGAGAAACCGUGAGAGAGGCAGCGCGUGGUUCCUGCUCUUCCAGGGAGGAUGAAGAGGUUCCGGCGACAUGGACACGAGUCUCAAAGGGACAAGCACAAACAGGAUCUGUAUCAGUUCAACAAGACGGUAGAGCAUGGCUUCCCCCAUCAGCCCAGCGCUCUGGGAUUCAGUCCCAGUCUAGAGCUCCUGGCAAUUGGUACCAGAUCAGGAGCCAUUAAACUGUAUGGAGCUCCAGGUGUGGAGUUUAUGGGACUUCAUGACGAGAAUGCGGCAGUUACACAGGUGCACUUCCUGCCAAACCAGGUGGAGUUUGUCACUUUGCUGGAUGAUAACAGUCUUCACAUGUGGACACUUCGGGCCCAUAAUGGCAUGUCUGAAUUACUUGAAAUCGGCCGUUUCACUCUCUCUGGUCCACCUGGCGCCCCUCCAAGUGUGACGCGGGUCACGGCGGUCCUGGCACACUCAUCGGGUGAACUGCUGCUGCUGGGCACAGAGGGAGGGCAUGUGUUUGUGGUGGAGGUGCCAGGCUUCAGAGAGCUGGAGGAGAAUAACAUUAGUGUAGAUGAUGUACAGAGCAGAGUUCCAGAGGAGUAUGUCGGCCGCAGGAAUCUGGAGUGUGUGGAGGCCCUGCAGGAGAACCCGCUCAACCCACGGCAGGUUCUGAUUGGCUACAGCCGAGGCCUUAUGGUUCUGUGGGAUCUGGAUCGCAGGCGUCCCGUCCAACACUUUCUAGGCACACAGCAACUGGAGAGCGUUUGGUGGAUGGAGGACGGUGGGAACAUUCUCAGUUCCCAUAGCGACGGAAGCUACUGCAACUGGACAGUAACUGGUGAAGAUCCGCAAACUGAACCUGAGAAACAAGAGAUACCAUACGGCGCCUUUCCCUGCAAGGCCAUAUCUAAAGUUUUACAGCUGCCAACAAAACAAGGUCCACCGUUCCUCAUCUUCAGUGGAGGAAUGCCGAGGGCCAGUUAUGGCGACAGACACUGCAUCUCCAUCAUCCACAGCAAAACUCACGAGGCUCUGGACUUCACAUCGCGCAUUAUCGACUUUUUCGUCAUCCGGGAAGGAGAGGACCAUAGAGGUGACCCCAGCGCUGUCGUGGUUUUGGUGGAGGAGGAGCUGGUGGUUAUUGAUCUGCAGACUGAAGGUUGGCCCGUCAUCCAGACACCCUACCUGGUGCCAUUACACUGUUCAGCCAUCACGUGUUCUCACCACGUCUCGUCCAUCCCGCUCAAACUGUGGGAGAGAGUGCAGGCGGCCGGAGCCAAUCAAAACACACACUACUCCAGAAAGCCUUGGCCUAUAAACGGAGGGCAGAAUCUCUCUCCAGACCCUCCGCAGAGAGACCUGCUCCUGACAGGGCACGAGGAUGGCACAGUGCGCUUCUGGGACGCCUCGGGGGUCUGUCUUUUCCCCAUGUACAAGCUUAGCACAGCUGGUGUCUUUCAUACGGAUGCCGACCCGAACGAUAACAUGAACCAGGGCAGUGAGGGAGAGUGGCCUCCGUUCCGCAAGGUGGGCUGCUUUGACCCGUAUAGUGACGACCCUCGGCUUGGCAUUCAGAAGAUCCACCUGUGUAAAUACAGCGGGUACCUCACGGUAGCUGGAACCGCAGGACAGAUUUUGGUUCUGGAGCUGAACGACGAGGCCGCCGAGCAGACGGUUGAGGCAACAGUGGUGGAUCUGCUGCAGGGUCAGGAAGGCUUCAGAUGGAAGGGUCAGGCGCGUCUAGAUGUGCGGGAGGAGCCGGUGUUGUUUCCUCCAGGCUUCCAGCCCUUCGCCCUCGUGCAGUGCCAGCCGCCCGCUGUGGUCACAGCAAUCGCCCUGCACUCAGAAUGGAAACUGGUGGCGUUCGGCACCAGCCACGGAUUUGGUUUUUAUGACUACCAACAGAAGAAAAACAUAAUGGUCAAGUGCACCCUAAACCCCAGCGAUCAGAUGGCCUUGGAAGGACCGCUGUCCCGCGUCAAGUCCAUCAAAAAAUCCCUACGCCAGUCUUUUCGUAGAAUCCGUCGCAGCCGGGUCUCCAUGCGCAAACAUCACACCACCAACGCAGCCAAGCUUCAAGAGAUCAAUGCCAGGUUGGAGGCUGAGGCUCUUCAGGAGAUGGAGCUUGCUCCCGUCCAGAGAAAGAUCGAAGCCCGUUCCUCGGACGACUCCUUCACCGGCCUGGUCAGAACGCUCUACUUCGCCGACACGUUUGUCAGUGAUAGUACGCACAGUACACCCUCACUGUGGGCCGGGACCAAUGGAGGAGCUGUGUUUGCUUACGUUCUCCGCAUCCCUUCAGUGGAACGGAGGAUGGAGGAUCCUGUGAUGGCUCAUCCAGCUAAAGAGAUUCAACUGAUGCAUCGGGCUCCAGUAGUCGGUCUGGUGGUCUUGGAUGGGAAAGGGGCCCCUCUGCCUGAACCCCUGGAGGUGGCCCACGACCUGGCUCGCAGUCCUGAAAUGCACGGCUCCCACCAUCUGUUAGUCGUGUCAGAAGAGCAGCUUAAGCUGUUUACUUUGCCCAAAGUGAGCAGUAAGUCAAAGCUGAAGCUCACGGCGGUCGAUGGAUCCCGCGUGCGCCGUGUGGGCGUGGCGUGGUUCGGAAGCCGGACCGACGAACAGCUGGAAAGCAGCAUGGUGGUUUUGACCAAUCAGGGUGAGCUUCACGUGAUCUCUCUACCCUCCAUCAAAAUGCUGGUGCACUAUCCCUGCAUACGGAGAGAGGACGUCAGCGGAAUUGCCUCCUGCGUGUUCACCAAAUAUGGCCAAGGUUUCUACCUGAUCUCCCCGUCUGAGUUCGAAAGGUUCUCUCUUUCCACCCGUUGGGUGGUGGAACCACACUCUUUGGUCGAGGCUCCUCUUCAGAUGAGGUGCAAGAAGCCAUCGAGUCCCAUUCACAAGAACCAACCAGACACAGAACACAGGAAUUUCACGAGAGACAGAGAAGGAUAUGAGAACUCUGCUAGUCAAGUAAUGGAGCAUGCUUUGCUCAACGAUGAGAGUGUGCUUCAGGAGAUCCAGAAGUCUCUAGAAGGAGAUCAACCGUCCUUUCUAGAGAACAACGUGAAGACUAAGUCUAGAGAGGGCAAUGUGCUGAGCAAUGGAGACUGAGCCUUUAAAUCCCAGUGCCUGAACAAUUCUGGAUCCAUUCUGCAUUCCAGAUUUGCUUACGAUUCAAACACUACUGCUAGUACCACUACUGAACCAUGCGAAAGCCUUGCCCUGGAGAGAGGAAUCUCCCGCUCACAGCUUCUACACCCAGGGGGACAAAAUCGAGUGAGAGACCACCACCAGUGCCUGCUAAAACCAAUCACUGUAUCUCCACUCAAUCCAUUACAUGCUGCACGUCCACCUCGCAAGCUUCCCAGCAUCAUGCAUAAACUGCUGCAUUUGAAACUGGCAGUUUAGGUUUUUUUGUUUUUAACUUCAUUUUAAAUGCAUGAUUUUUCUUUUAUACCAGAUCGAGUCUGCAUAGGUAAUAUGUGGUAAAAAUGCCAGUGGAUGAUGCUGAUGAUUUAGGGUAGGACGACAAGGCAACAUUAGGAUUUGCAAACUAGAUCCGAGGACUAAGUGGCUCAUGUAAAGUAUGAAACACCUCACCGAGUAUUUCACAGGAAGUAGUGUUGCCUUUAACCCCGUCCAAUCCAGUGAGAAGAGUGGUAGAUAUCAGAUUAUAUAUAGGUACUUAUUUUUACACUACUGUGUAGUACACAUGCUGUAGUUUCUGGGGUGUACAGUUUUCUGAGGGGCUAGGAUUUGAACUUCCUUUUUUAAUUGUAAAACGUUUUGAUAUGCCAAUUAUGAACGAUGUAAUUUAGGAAUGUAAUUUUAAGAUAUUGUAGUCAAAUGUUUUAAUAUAUGUGUAUAUGAAAAUCUGUUUUACCAGUGGGUUCAUUUUUGGAGGGCUGUAUUUUCUGAUCCGAGGAAAUAUUUUGGUACUGUCUCCUGAAAUGCUUUUUAGCGUUUUCUUUGGGGGGUUCUAGAAUAUAUUUUUGUAGAGACAUGAUUAUGUAUGAGAACACUAAUUAUUAUUCUUUGUAACUUCACACUACAGUCUUCUCAGUAAAUUUUUCACACGAAAGGUC